AUGAAACUGUUUCCUUCUCUUUCUUUGCCUCAGCGGCUAGUUAUUUGCAUUUUCAAUCCAAUAAUAGUAUUCAUUUUCGCCAGCUUAUUGCUGACUAUUUGGAGUGAUUAUGUUAUGAUAGAUCUCACAGUAACGAAGAUUGAGGGUGGUGGGGUUGAUUCCGUAUCUGCUAGCUCAACGGCAUUGGUUACUACCACAGCUACAGUCACAACUACAACUACAACUACUGCCGUGAGCACAGCGAGCCAAUCCUCUUUUGCUACAUACUACUUUGACAGAGAUGCACUAGAACACGUAGCCCAAGAGUAUAUUGAGAUGAGAAUUAAAUGGGUGAACGCGACUUUGUCUGCAUCAUACAGUUCACAACUGUCUCAAUGGCAACACUCCUUAGACAUGUGGAACGUUUCAUUGAUCAAAGCUAUAAAUGACAAACGUGAAAUCUAUCAGAACCUGCUAGCAUAUAACCAAAGCAUAUUUAAUGCACUUUACGAAAAAUCGAAGCAAAUAAACGAAACAUGGUCCCUUUUUAGUCAAACAGCUUUAAGUCUGGAGGAUACUCAGCAAGUGUUUAAUAACCUUUCGGUAAAUUAUUGGUUUGCUACUUCAAUUUUUUCCAACGUAUCGCAACAACUCCAAGUCUUGAAUAGUUUUGAUUGUAAUUCGAAAAUUCCUGUUAUAGGCUUUAUGCCUAUUGAUUUGAACUUCGACAAGUCAAAACAACUUGAUACCUCAGUAACCAGUUUUACUAAUACUUUAGUUAAUAGCCUCAGAGAGAACAAAUACGAGGCACCUAGGAAACGCGGCAACAAUUUGGAAGCAUCGAAUACUUCUCUAAAAAAGCGGAGUCGAUAUUUCUCGAUCAUUUGCCUCAUAAUGUACUUUGUUUCCAUAGGAACGCUCUGCAUAUAUGAAUGGCUAAUAUUUCGCAUAGAGAACUCUUUGUUCAAUUCACACAUGAUGGAAAUACUAGACACUAUCACCGCUGAAGAGACUAGAGGCAUCACUUUGCAACAAUGGGUACGAAAACAGACUAACAAAUUAUGCUACACUCUUACCAACCCGUUGUUAUACAGAGUUGCCAAUAGCAUUGGCAGCGGGCUAAAUGAGUCCGACAGUCGAUGGAAAUACCUCAGUUAUUACAUAUUAUGGACACUUUCAAACGGCAAGUAUCUCUGGAUCCUUCUAUUUUAUACGAUAAAUCACUGGCAAAUUACUAGUUCAUUAGUGAGUCAUCAGGUCUCAUCGGCUCAAGGAAACUUCCGACGUGAAGUAACUAGUCCGCUUACCGACAGUCGAUUGUCACUCAUGAAAAGUACAUUGGAAAUAUGUUCUGAUUUCACGUUUGACGUCGAUAAAACAAUUGAUGACACACUAAAAGUACAUUUCAUAGCCUCAUUGGACCAACAAGUAGAUGUAAUAAACUCUCAGAUGACUGAACUUUCCCAUGACCCAACGAUUGCAGCUUUAAGCCAAUGGCAAAAUUUGAGCUAUUCCAGCCCUCAUGACUUUGAAGUCAAUGGCAACGAGUUCAGUUACAGUGUAAUGACGCAAGCUCUCAACUCCGAUUCUUCAAAAUUUGUGGCGACUCAUUUAUCAAAACGGAAUACUUCAAAUUUUAAUUCUUCUAUCUCGGAGACAGCUUGGAAUAAAGUCUACAAAUGGGCAGUUCUAUUGCUGAUAAUUCUGUUAGUAUUACAUUUCAUCAUUGGCCUGGUAUUUUCUGUUACAAUCUAA